AUGUUCGCUGUUGUAAUCUUAAGAUCAGGUAGAGAGAAUCGGAGAAAGGAAGCUUCUGGAAUCUUGAUAGGUCCUGGUGGUUUCUUUAACGCUGCUUUGGUUCACAGAAUACUUGAACAAAGCAGGAAGCUCUCUGAAUGCAACUACUCACCACAUCUACAAUCUCGGUCCAGGUUGAUAGAUGGGAAUAAGCAUCAUAUACUCACAGCAGCUCAUCCAUCUGGUCUGUCGGCGCAUAAAGGCUUCUUCAAUUGCAGGCAUUUCUCUCGAUCAAACCAGCUGCUCGAGCAAAUGGGGAUUCCUCCCAUAGACUGGCAACUUUAA